UUCUUUCGAGAAUUUUACUCAGAAUAAGAAACGUUUUGUCGUACUUCCUGCUGCUCUUGAUAAUGGUGCCACCUCUCAUGCACAUGUUCCUGAAAAGGAACAGCGUCAAGGUUAUACUGCGCAUCAUGGGACCGACUAUUAACUGCAUCAUGCAGUUCUGCAAAUAUACGAUUCUCUUGCGGCAAAUGAGCAGAAUCCAGAAAGGCGUGAACGCGAUCAAAGAGGACUUGGCAAGUGCCACGGUGGAGAAUCGGCUGAUUUUUCGCUCGAAAGUGAAGAUCCUGAGGAGAAUAGUGGUAGUCACUGCGAUCACUAUGUACGGCGGUGGUUUGUGCCACAGGACGGUUGUCCCUCUUCUCAAAGGAACUAUCGUCACUCCAGACAACGUUACCAUAAGGCCAUUACCCUCCCCGACUCACCUCAUAAUUCUCGACGAGCAAAAGUCACCGAUUUACGAGAUACUGUUUGUAUUGCAAGUUUUCGCUGGAUUUGUUGCUUAUGCAAUUGUUUGCGGUAUCUCUGGCAUGUCCGCUCUGUUGGUUCUCCAUACGUGUAGCAUGCUGAGGAUCUUGGCGAACAAGAUGAACCGGCUCGUGAAUAAGAAGGAUGUGCCCGAGAUGAUGGUUCAACGGAGGAUCGCGGACAUCGUCGAAUAUCAGAUGAAAAUAAUGAGAUUUUUAAAGAACAUUGAAACGAUUACAGAGAACAUUUAUCUGAUCGAAAUGGUGGGCUGCUCGUGUCUCCUGUGUCUCAUCGGAUAUUAUAUCAUCAUGGAAUGGGAGAAUAACAACACCGCGGGUGUGUUGAUUUAUGCCACGCUACAAACAUCCUUUAUGUUCUGCAUCUUUAUAGUUUGUUACAUUGGCCAACUUCUCGUCGACGAAAAUAGGUUUGUAGGACAGACGUCAGGCAUGAUUAAUUACUACCACCUUUCGACCAAACAUAUGCGCUCUCUAAUACUGAUUAUCGCCAUGUCUAAUCACCCGAUGAAAUUGGUGGCUGGUAAGAUGGCUGAAAUAUCUCUGGCCACAUUCACCGACGUGAUGAAAAUGUCGAUGGGAUAUUUGAACAUUCUACGCGAGGUUGUUUAAAGUACCUUGUUAGAAUACUUACGAUAUAAUACGUGAGAGAUGGUAAUUCA